UGUGCCUAAGCCUUUAGUUUCCAACUUCCUAUUGUAGAGCUCUAAUGGCUUCAAACAUGGAUCAACUUCCUCCAAGUUCCAGGCGACUAGAUGAACCGGAUUUGAAUCUAAGAGAGUGGGCUCUCAAGGCUCGGAAUAUUAGCAGGGAGAACACCAAGUCAAGAAGGUUUUCAGCUUCAAAUAUCACUAGUUUUAGAGAAGAUGCAAAGACGUUCAGAUCAAACACAACCAUCUCAAGCACUGUUUCUUCACCUGGCUACACCUUAAGAGACGAGAUUGACCCAUCAACUUACUCAUUCACAAGUGCUCUAAAAGCUUUGCAGGGAAGAUCAAAUUAUGGUUGGGAAUGUUUAUCACCAGAUGGAUUUGCUCUAAACUCCAAGUGGAAUGAAGCAGAGAAGUAUAUCUGCAACCCACGUUCAGGAGAAUUCCCAAUGGAGUGUUUAUCUGCCAAAACACUUAGUAGAUUCACAGUGUCUGGACCUCUUAUUUACUCUUACCAUGCACGCCAAGUUCAAAGCAAGAGUACUUCCAUAACACAAGAAGAUGAAACUGAAUUUUCAUCUCAAGAGAAGAAAGUAGAGAAUUUGACUAGAGAUGUGGGCACUCAAAUUACACCAGCUGAUCUCAGCUCAAGCGGUCCAAGCCCCACUUCUACUCCUUCCAUAAAAGAGAGAGCAUUGAAGCAGUGUGAAGUUGAAGGUGGAGAGCCAUCCAACUCAAGUUCAAUACCCAAAAUCAAGGAUGAGAUAGAAGUGAAAGAAUCCGGAGAUGAAACAGAGGCAGCAGGAAAGAAAGAAGAAAGAGAGGAGAAAAAGUGCAAAUGCAAUUGCAGGCAAGGUGGUGGUUGCUUGUCGUGGAUGAAUUUGUGGAGGGGAAGAAGGCAGAGAUAGGAACAAAGAUCCAAAUGACCAGAUGGCUGGUUUUGUUUGGAAAAACGACUGUCUUUGAAAAAAAUGAAAAGGGGCAAGUUGGGUUAUAAAAAGAAAAAUCAUGGAGAUUCCUUUCUCCUUUUUAGCAGAUGUGAAAGUAAGCUUGAUAGAGAAACGAAAGGCAAUCAUGAUUCAUCCAGUA